AUGACCACUUCUUGGAGUAAAUGGUAUGAGUCUGGGUCAGGAGACUAUGACUCUCUACUGAUCUCUGCGCUCAGCUUUAUCAACACUGCCCUGGAAAAGUGUAAGAAAAUUAAUGAGCAGUUAAAUGCACAGCCUUGGUGGGACAGCGACAGGCAGCCAGGAUUGGUAGCGACAAAGAUAGUUGAGAGUGCACCGAUACAGCUGAAGAAGGCAAGACUGUAUGAAGCGGCAUGGGUGCAGAGCCGCAUCAUAAAAGAGAGUGAGCGGAUCUUGCAUAAGAAAAAAUCCAAGCCGGAGCUGCUAUCGAAAAUUGCCGAUUCAGCUUAUGCACUGAUCGAUGUUGCAAAGCAGAUUAAGCCAAUCGUUGAUAUAUUUAUUCCACAGAGCCCUGAAUAUUCCAUUCCAUAUGCCUGCCUCUGGAUUAUUUUCAAAGGUAUCUCGGAUAGGAAAGAAAAAAUUGACUCAGUACAUAACCUUAUUACAUCUCUAUCUGAAGAUAUUCCAAUUCUGGAAGUUUACAAGGAUAUGGUCCCAACGAGAAACAUGAAACAAGCGCUUACUGAGUUCUACAUACACACUUUGGAUUUACUUUGGAGGCUUUCAAUGUACUAUUGUAACAACUUCUUCGUACAGCUAUCUGACGCCAUGCUGCCACGUACAAAAUAUAAGUUCCCUACGUACAUUGGGAAUAUUACGAAAGCAUCAGCUAGGAUAAAGACGUUGUGUGAAGUAGGGCAUAUGGCAGAGCAGAAAGAUAUCAAAAAGACUAUCGACGUUCUACAUAAUGAAAUUUAUUCGAUGAGCCAGGAAAUGCAAAAAAUAAGCAUCGCGCAAUCUCGUCAUUACAUCUCAAAAAUCCUUGACUGCUGGGAUUAUGAUGUUGAUGACGUCGAAGAUGAAUUUCGUAAAUGGCAAUCAUUGCGUUUCUUUACUGAUAUGCGUGACCACUGGGGUUAUAACGGGAUUCUCCCGCGCCUCGCCGAAUGGCGUAAGCUCUGCGAUAACUCUGAGAAUUCUAUCCUUUGGGUGUCGACUGAGAAUAAUGAACGGCAAUUCUGGAUAACCGAGUUCUCUAUCAAUCUCAUCGAUAUAUGCCGCACGCAGGGCCAGCUGAUAACAUUUGCCAUGUGCGACCGCCCAAAAGGCGUGAAAUGGACGCCACAGCAGGUCUUGAAGCAGCUUAUUUCGCAGCUUCUAAUUUCUAGACCAAGCUUAACCAUUUCUGCGCCACAUAUUGUUAAUACCAAGAAGUUUUGCAAAGCGAAGAGCUUUGAUGCUAUUUUGAAACUACUACAUUCAAUUAUGGCUCUAGUUGGAUCGGUGGUUAUUGUCAUCGACCACCUCGACAAGUGUGUUCCCGAUCUAGCUGCCUCACGGGUCAAUGUUGCCAAUGCGCUUUCCCUGCUAGUUAAAAUGCACCCGCAAAGUCGAAUCAUUGUUACCACUGGCCAGGUGGUGCCGCCAUCGACGUUACCUGGCCGCCCUAUCAGUUUUGCAAUAGUGAACACGAAACGACGUCCGCGAAUAUUGGAGUACAAAAGAACAUCGACCGUCCAGCGCCAACAUUCGGGGGCACCAUAUACAGGAAUGUAUCCUAUGACCGAAAAAGAUUUUCUAAAACAUUAUGGAUAA